UUUCGAAAAUCAGUACCCACAACUCAAAGCAGCCGCUAAGUAUGACAUCGAAAAUCCUUUUAUUGUGUUGCAUUUCAGCGGCGACUUUAAACGCUGUGAUAUCUCAACAAACCUCACCCCCAGUGCAGAUAGUGUCCCAAGAAAGUGACAUUAGCCCCGAUGGUACCUUCCGGUGGAGUUUCGAAACAGCCGAUGGAACAAAACAGGAACAAAGCGGCGAACCGAAGCAAAUCGACAAAGAAGUGGGCGUUGUUAUUAAAGGUUCGGCUACCUGGAAUGAUCCCGAAGGAAAUCCCCAUUCGCUCACUUACAUAGCGGACGAAAACGGUUAUCAACCUCAAAGCGAUGAUAUUCCCAAAGGUCCCGAAGUACCCCCGGCUAUUGCCAAGUCUUUGGCCCAAAAUGCAGCUGAUACGGAACCGGAAACUAGUACGCAGGCGCAGUAACAACUUUUCAUCCAAAGACUGUAAUGAAAUUCAUUUUUAAUGCUGUUUAUACAAAUAAAAUUUUGUGCAAUUCGCUUUUGAUAUUAGUAAUUUAUUACUCUGUUGCUUUUGUACAGCAUAUGUUCCAAUAAACAUUAGACAGAUUUUCUUUAUGG